AUGUUCAAACUUAAAAGGAUUUUGGAGCUGAUUUUGAGAUCAAGCCCCAGUGAUGAAACCAGUCUAGGAAUUAGCAUUAAAGCAACCAAGUCUCUUUAUGGUAAACAGAACAAAGUCUGGUUCUAUGUUAAAGUUUUCUCAAGUGUCACUGUUACAAAAGGAUGUUUGGAUGGUUUGCCUAAAGACAGCAAGCUGAUUGCUUUGCUGGAAGCUCUUGGCGGUGUUCAAAAAGAGAGCCACCUGUGUCUCCAACAUACAGCACAGCAACAGCUUGGUACUCAGCUGUGUAAUGGUCAAAGUCAGUAUGCCACCAGCCUCUCUGAGCAACCACUCACACAAAUGUUGUCGGUAGAGUAUAGUCAAACUGGGGGAACGGGGAAUGUUGGAACACUGCAACAGAAUCUUGUACUCGAUCAUGGUGGAGGGCUGGUGGUACAGACAGAAACUUUUAAGUCCAAGUCUAUGGAUGGGACUGUGAUAUAUCUCAGGAUACAGACGGACACUAUGCAAAUGUUCGAGGAAGGCAAAAAGAUUCACAACUUCCUGUCACUUGUCCGUAUCUUCAGACCUCAGUUUGAUCUGUCCUUCUACAUGCGGGCUGGUGAUGCGGUGUCAAAAACUUCUUUUGACCAUUGCAACUGGAAGAUCACACAGCCCAGUGGCUUAUCAGUUGUGGCAGAUCCAAAAUACUUCCUGCAACAGUCAGGACAUGAGAGUCUCAAAACAAACCAUGAUCCAGUCACCUCUGGCCCGCGUUUGCUAGAUGUGAGCGGUAUUACUCCAGGGUUUGGUCAGCUGCCAUCUCUUGAAGUCCAACUGAUGACUGUGGCUCAGUAUUUUCCACUGCAGACUCCAAAAACGAGCUGCUGCAAGGUCACUGUAUCCUUGGCUUAUGAUGUGAUGAAAAAUAUUGAGUCUAAGUAG